AUGAAUAUAGAUAUAGAUGCAGAUGCAAAUACAGAUAUAGAUGCAGAUACAUAUAUAGAUACUGAUACAGAUACAAAUGCAAAUACUAAUAUAGAUAUAGAUGUAGAUACUGAUAUAAAUAUAAAUAUAGGUGCAGUUACUAAUAAUAUAGAUGCAGAUACAAAUACUAAUAUAGAUAUAGAUGUAGAUACUGAUAUAAAUAUAAAUAUAGGUGCAGUUACUGAUAAUAUAGAUGCAGAUACAAAUACUAAUAUAGAUAUAGAUGUAGAUACUGAUAUAAAUAUAAAUAUAGGUGCAGUUACUGAUAAUAUAGAUGCAGAUACAAAUACUAAUAUAGAUAUAGAUGCAGAUACUGAUAUAAAUAUAAAUAUAGGUGCAGUUACUGAUAAUAUAGAUGCAGAUACAAAUACUAAUAUAGAUAUAGAUGUAGAUACUGAUAUAAAUAUAAAUAUAGGUGCAGUUACUGAUAAUAUUGAUGCAGAUACAAAUACUAAUAUAGAUAUAGAUGCAGAUACUGAUAAUAUAGAUGCAGAUACAAAUACUGAUAAUAUAGAUGCAGAUACAGAUACUGAUAAUAUAGAUGCAGAUACAGAUACUGAUAAUAUAGAUGCAGAUACAGAUACUGAUAAUAUAGAUGCAGAUAGAGAUACAGAUACUGAUAUAUAG